AACAGAGACAGAGAUCGAAAAAAGGAAAAGCAACAGGAACCGCAACCGAAACCGAAACCGAAACAGAGACGGGAGACGGGAGACUGUUACUCUGUGAUACUGUGAUACCGCGGACAGCAUUGGAACCUGUGAUACGAUGGAUACGCGUUCGUGGGAUGAAAAGGUGUGGCAGCUGCUAUCAAAGGAAGAUCCCAACCACCCCAUGGAAAAGCUGGACGACCAGGUCGAGCCAGAGUUUUUUGACGACGUCUCCGAGAACGAAGAGUCCUUGGGAGAGCCUUCGCCAACCACAAUUGCUGAAGAGGCACUGCGUGCGCUGGAUGAAAAGUUCCGGCAGCUGCUAUCAAAGGAAGAUCCCAACCACCCUAUGGAAAAACUGGACGAGGUCGAGCCUGAGCCGUUUGAAGACGUCUCCGAGAAGGAAGAGCCCUUGGGGGCAGCCACAAAUGCUGAAGAGGCACUGCUGCAACGCGAGGAUUUGUGCCCGAAAGCCUCCGAGUCCAUGCUACAGAAGCUCUUCAAUCGACAGGACUUCCGGAAGGUCCUUGGCAGCCACCUGAAGGCCCUGGAUGAGACCAGCUCGCACGAGGACGAAGUGGAAGUGGUCAACGCACGCCGCAAGCGUCGGAAGCAGGGCUUCUUCGACGUCCUCUGGUGCUUUGAGCACCUAAUGGAGGCGGAGAUUGAGGCCAGCGGCGGAGCCCGCACCGAAGCGGAUGUCCUCCUCGAAGUCCUGGACGAUCUUCGCAGGCUGCGGGUUCAAGUCCAGAGCCAUUCUCCCGAUGGCGGCAGCACAUCAGUUAUGGAAUUGAAGCGCGCGUUUCUUAAGGCAUUCCAAGAGUUUGCGGACAUCUAUCAUGUCACCGCGGACACCGCGACCGUCCCGAAGGUGAUAGCGGUCGAGGACCUGCCGCUGAACCGCUAUCUGCGGUUCAGGAGCCGGGAAUCGCAGACCCUGGUGAAGGGGACGAGCAUGGAGCAUCUACCCAAGCCGGGCAAAGGGCAGUCCCUGCAGAAUCCGACGGAGAACGUUUCUGCCUGCAGCGUCGUGCCCCGAGUCCUUCGUUCAAACACCACCCAGGCGGCUCGGAAGUGGUGCAAGAAGAAGCCUCCAGUGGAGACAAGGAUAAGGUUCCUUCCAUACUGCCGUAGUCCCCGCCGGGGAUCCGCUGAGCCUGCAAUGGAUCUUCCGGGUCAUCGCGGAGGCCAGAGGUUUUUCUUCCCGUUUGGGGCUACUGGCCCAAAGAAGGGGCAGGAAACCUCUUCUCAGGAUUGGCCGGCACUGGAGGCUCCUCCCGGCAAUAGCGUUUGCCUGACGGAGCCUCUCCCAGAGAGCCACAUCCCGGAUCCUGACGAAGCCGAAGCAAAGAUCAUGCCAGCAGAGAGCUCCGAGAUCGAGCACGCGGAGCAGGCGAUCUCCCAGCCACAGCCCGAGACCAUGCCUGCACAGACCUGUGCACCAGCAGAAGAACAGGACUGUCCCCGUCAAAAGGAGGUGCAGAAGGCACCGCAGAUGCAGCCUCCACAGCCUCCACAGGAGACAAGGCAGCACUUUUUUCCAGUCUGCCACUCCCCUCGGGUUGCCUCAUUGUCGCCCGACCUCCUGGAGAAAGCCGUCGAGAAGGAGGCACCGCCAGAGAUGAUGCCAGAAUGCGGCCAUGAGGAAGACCAGGAUAUCCCCGAACAGACGGAGGUCAAGACCAUGACGCCCCAGGUCCCGAUAGUGCUCCCUCCAGGGGAUGGCACUCCACAAUCGAUAUUCGAGAGCACGCAGUCCUUGGUGCCUCAAGGCUGCGAGAAGAAGGAAGAGAAGGAGAUCGAAGUGGAAAGAUCUGGAAAUCAGCUGUUGCCAGAGGCGAUGAUACAGAUCGCUCGCUGGGCGACCUUUUCGAUACCGAUUCCGAAGUCCGACGUUGACCAGCUGCUGCUUCUGGUGCCUCUGGCUUGCCUGCAACAGGAGACGGUGGCGGCGGCGGCUGAGGAGGAGUCGGGGAUCGCCCCACUGAACACCCUUCUCAGUGCUGCCGGUUGCGCCGACGACUCCCGCGCCGACUGCGAGAAUUAGCAGCUUCGGGUCCCCAUUUCGUUGAUUUUCAAUAUAUUAAUUGUUAAUUUUCCUGUUCAGAAGUUAUAUAUUUUUUAAAGCAAAGA